AUGCCUCCAAGACCAUCAUCUGGUGAACUAUGGGGCAUCCAUUUGAUGCCACCAAGGAUCCUUGUAGAGUGUCUUCUACCUAAUGGAAUGAUAGUGACUCUAGAAUGCCUUCGUGAGGCCACACUACUGACUAUCAAGCAUGAACUCUUCAAAGAAGCAAGAAAAUACCCUCUUUAUCAGCUCCUUCAAGAUGAAUCUUCUUACAUUUUCGUAAGUGUUACACAAGAAGCCGAAAGAGAAGAAUUUUUUGAUGAAACACGGCGACUUUGCGACCUGCGGCUCUUUCAGCCUUUUUUAAAAGUCAUUGAACCAGUAGGCAACAGAGAAGAAAAGAUUCUUAAUCGGGAAAUUGGUUUUGCUAUUGGCAUGCCUGUCUGUGAAUUUGAUAUGGUUAAGGAUCCAGAAGUCCAGGACUUCAGAAGAAAUAUUCUUAAUGUUUGUAAAGAAGCAGUGGAUCUUCGAGAUGUGAAUGCACCCCAUAGUAGAGCAUUAUAUGUCUGUCCGCCAAAUGUUGAAUCUUCACCUGAACUGCCCAAGCACAUAUACAGUAAACUAGAUAAAGGGCAAAUAAUAGUGGUGAUAUGGGUAAUAGUGUCCCCGAACAAUGACAAGCAGAAAUAUACCUUAAAAAUCAACCAUGACUGUGUUCCUGAGCAAGUUAUUGCUGAAGCAAUCAGGAAAAAAACACGAAGUAUGUUGCUGUCAUCUGAACAACUAAAACUCUGCGUUUUAGAGUACCAGGGCAAGUAUAUUUUAAAAGUGUGCGGCUGUGAUGAAUACUUGCUAGAAAAAUAUCCUCUGAGCCAGUAUAAGUACAUAAGAAGUUGUAUAAUGCUUGGCCGAAUGCCCAACCUGAUGCUCAUGGCUAAGGAAAGCCUUUAUACCCAGCUGCCACUGGAUACCUUUACAAUGCCAUCUUAUUCCAGGCGGAUCUCUACAGCUACACCAUACAUGAAUGGCGAAGCUUCAGCCAAAUCUCUCUGGGUCAUAAACAGUGCUCUCAGGAUAAGAAUUCUUUGUGCCACCUAUGUAAAUGUAAACAUUCGAGACAUUGACAAGAUCUAUGUCCGAACUGGUAUCUACCAUGGAGGAGAACCAUUAUGUGACAAUGUGAAUACUCAAAGGGUACCUUGUUCCAAUCCCAGAUGGAAUGAAUGGCUGUCAUAUGACAUGUACAUUCCUGAUCUCCCACGUGCUGCUCGGCUUUGCCUUUCCAUCUGCUCUGUUAAGGGCAGAAAGGGUGCUAAGGAGGAACACUGCCCAUUGGCUUGGGGAAAUAUAAACAUGUUUGAUUAUACAGACACUCUUGUGUCUGGGAAAAUGGCUUUGAAUCUGUGGCCUGUGCCUCAUGGGCUGGAAGAUCUGCUAAAUCCUAUUGGCGUUACUGGGUCAAAUCCAAAUAAGGAAACUCCAUGUUUAGAGCUGGAAUUUGAUUGGUUUAGCAGCCCUGUAAAGUUUCCAGACAUGACAGUGAUUGAAGAACAUGCCAAUUGGACUAUAUCUCGAGAACUAGGGUUUAACUACAGCCAUGCGGGGCUGAGUAACAGGCUAGCUAGAGAUAAUGAAUUAAGAGAAAGUGACAAAGAGCAACUCCGUGCAAUUUGUACUCGAGACCCUCUGUCUGAAAUUACUGAGCAAGAGAAGGACUUCCUUUGGAGCCACAGACACUAUUGUGUAAAUACCCCAGAAAUUCUACCAAAACUACUUUUGUCUGUUAAAUGGAACUCUAGAGAUGAAGUAGCCCAGAUGUACUGCUUGGUAAAAGACUGGCCUCCAAUCAAGCCAGAACAGGCAAUGGAGCUUUUGGACUGUAAUUACCCUGACCCAAUGGUGCGAGCAUUCGCAGUUCGGUGUCUGGAGAAGUAUUUGACAGAUGACAAACUGUCUCAGUACUUAAUCCAACUAGUACAGGUUCUGAAAUAUGAGCAAUAUUUGGAUAAUCUGCUGGUGAGAUUUUUACUCAAGAAGGCACUGACCAAUCAAAGGAUAGGACACUUUUUCUUUUGGCACUUAAAGUCUGAAAUGCACAAUAAAAAUGUAAGCCAGAGAUUUGGUUUACUUUUGGAGUCCUACUGUCGAGCAUGUGGGAUGUACCUAAAACAUUUGAGCAGGCAGGUGGAGGCUAUGGAGAAACUGAUAAACCUCACAGAUAUUCUCAAGCAGGAGAAGAAGGAUGAGACACAAAAGGUACAGAUGAAGUUUCUUGUUGAACAAAUGAGGCGGCCAGAUUUCAUGGAUGCUUUACAAGGCUUUAUUUCUCCUCUUAACCCUGCUCAUCAGCUGGGAAAUCUCAGGCUUGAGGAGUGCAGGAUUAUGUCCUCUGCAAAAAGGCCACUGUGGUUGAACUGGGAAAACCCAGAUAUUAUGUCUGAACUGUUGUUUCAAAACAAUGAGAUCAUCUUUAAAAAUGGAGAUGAUUUACGCCAGGACAUGCUGACACUUCAGAUCAUUCGAAUUAUGGAAAACAUCUGGCAAAAUCAGGGUCUUGAUCUACGGAUGUUGCCUUAUGGCUGUUUGUCUAUUGGUGAUUGUGUGGGACUUAUUGAGGUGGUGAGAAGCUCUCAUACAAUUAUGCAGAUUCAGUGUAAAGGUGGUCUAAAGGGCGCAUUGCAGUUCAACAGCCACACAUUACAUCAGUGGCUCAAGGACAAAAACAAAGGAGAAAUGUAUGAUGCAGCUAUUGAUUUGUUUACACGCUCUUGCGCUGGCUAUUGUGUUGCUACCUUCAUAUUGGGAAUUGGUGAUCGUCACAAUAGUAACAUCAUGGUGAAAGAUGACGGACAACUGUUUCACAUUGAUUUUGGACACUUCCUGGAUCACAAGAAGAAAAAAUUUGGUUACAAACGAGAGCGUGUGCCAUUUGUCUUAACGCAAGAUUUCUUAAUAGUGAUUAGUAAAGGAGCCCAAGAAUGUACCAAAACAAGGGAAUUUGAAAGGUUUCAGGAGAUGUGUUAUAAGGCUUACUUAGCAAUUCGGCAGCAUGCCAAUCUCUUCAUAAAUCUCUUCUCCAUGAUGCUUGGCUCAGGAAUGCCAGAAUUACAGUCUUUUGAUGAUAUUGCGUACAUUCGAAAGACACUUGCACUGGACAAAAGUGAACAAGAAGCUCUAGAAUAUUUCAUGAAGCAGAUGAAUGAUGCUCAUCAUGGUGGCUGGACAACGAAAAUGGACUGGAUCUUCCACACAAUAAAGCAGCAUGCCUUGAACUGAAAUGAAAGUGAAGAAUUUAAAAAACUGAUAGCCCACUUAUGGGUGCUACACUGCACUGUUAAUAUUUGUCAGCAGCAAAGACUGGUUGCAUUGGAAUUGCACAAACCACAGACGGCAUUAGAA